AUCCAUGUAACCGCUUAAUCCUUACGGACGCCAUUCACAGUGCGUCAAGGUCGGCUGCGUUGGUGUUGUGUUAUUUGGGCGAAACCAAGUCUGACUUUUCAGGAUUCAGCCGUUGAUCAAUCGAUCGAUCGGACUUCUCAGCUACAUCGAUUGGGUGAUGAUGGCGAGUGGAAGUGGUGAUAAGAAUCAACUGAAACUGUAUUCGUGUUAUAUGAGCUCUUGCUCCUACCGUGUCCGUAUUGCCCUCAAUUUGAAAGAGUUGAAAUACGAGUAUAAAGCAGUUGACUUGUUGAAGGGAGAGCACUUCAGUCCAGAGUUUACAGAGCUCAAUCCUAUUGGCUACGUGCCAGUGCUUGUGGAUGGGGACGUCAUAGUUUCCGACUCUUUCGCCAUCAUAAUGUAUUUAGAAGAGAAAUAUCCUCAGCAUCCAUUGUUGCCUCAAGAUCUUCAGAAAAGAGGCAUCAAUUACCAGGCUGCCAAUAUUGUUUCCUCAAGCAUACAGCCUUUUCAAAAUAUAGAUACACUGAAAUACAUUGAGGAGAAAGUUGGUCCCGGUGAGAACCUUUACUGGGCUAACCAUCAUAUUACAAAAGGCUUUGCAGCACUUGAAAAGUUACUAAAGGGCCAUGCAGGAAGAUAUGCAACUGGAGAAGAAGUUUUCCUGGUUUGGUUUUCUGCUCCAUCUGUGUGCAUGCCUGCAGAUCUGUUUCUAGCGCCUCAGAUGCAUGGAGCAAUUAAACGGUUCAAUUUUGACAUGACUCAGUUCCCUCUUUUAUCAAGGUUGAACGAGGAAUACAAUAAAAUACCAGCUUUCCAGGACGCUAUGCCGGAAAAUCAGCCAGAUAAUCCUGCUGCAGGCGCUGUUUAAAUCAAUGGAUUGUGAAACCAGCUGUUAUGAGCCAUUUCCUAUCCAUCUUGUGUACUGUAUAUGUGUAAGAGAGAUGGCCAGCAUCCGAUCUAAAAAUUGCAGAAUAAAGUGCCACACACGAUCAAGCUUUCAGAGACACUUUCUAAAGUUUAUUGGCAUAUGGUGUUUCAAUAAACGUUGAUACGCCAUACAAUAUAAUAAUGGGAACAUAUAUAUUGUGAGUUAGGUGAUAACUAUAAUUACCAGUUUGGAUUUACCACUUUGAAUUCGUUGAA